UGAACUCUCACUCCAUCCAGACUGAACCGAAAUUGGGCAAAUCAAAAUGGAUUCGACUUCGAGGAGCGAGGAAAGAUCCGAAAUCGUAUUCUUCGACGUGGAGACGACCCGAGCCAGGCCGGGACUCGUGAUAAUAGAAUUCGGAGCCAUCCUGGUGUGCCGCUCGAAGCUGGUGGAGCUGGAUCACUACGACACCCUGGUCCGACCCACCGAUCACUCGUUCAUCGCCUCAUUUCCCGACCGCUGCAACGGCAUCACCCGCGAUGCCCUCGUUUCCAAGCCGACCUUUCGCGAGAUCGCCGAUCGGGUCUACGACUAUCUCCAAGGACGGAUUUGGGCGGGUCACAAUAUACUGAGGUUUGAUUGUCAUCGCAUAAGGGAGGCGUUUUCAGAUAUUGGUCGGCCAGCGCCGGAGCCAAAGGGCACGAUUGAUACAUUGGCAUUGUUGAAACGGACGUUUGGAAUGAGGGCCGGUGACAUGAAGAUGGCCACUCUUGCGACCUAUUUUGGACUUCCAGAGCAGACCCACAGGAGCCUGGAUGAUGUUCGGAUGAAUCUUGCAGUUCUCAAGUAUUGUGCAACAGUUUUAUUCUUGGAGUCGAGCCUCCCAGACAUAUUCACAGAACGAGAUCCUUUUGACAUGGGCCUGCUAAUAAGUGAAUCCGAAUCCCUUGAACCUGACGACACCAUGGAAGACACCAUGGAGUCUUCUGAGACAUCUUUCACAGCUGAUGUUUCCUACCGUAGCAGUGACUCUUGGGGAUUUUUAGAGCCUGAUGAAGUUUCUAUUUCUGCUAUCGAUGCAUGUUUUAUUCCAUCUUAUCGUGGGAGUCAAAGAAUACAAGUAUUGCACAGAGGUGUCAUUUUGCAGCUUGGUUGUAUGCAUUUGAAAGUGCAACUUGGGUUAAGUACGAAAUUUGUUGAUCGAUUGAGCUUUGUGGUUAACACAUCACAGAGUUUAUGUAAAGUUCUCGAUGAUAUAGUACAGAAGCUAUCCUCAGAUUCUGGUAGCAGCUCUAAAUGGAGGCCUGUUGUGUACAGGAAAGAUGGCUCCGUUAACUACCCUACAGUGAGAUUGCACAUACAAACCGCCAAAGCUGGAGAUCGUGCCCCAUAUGCUACAGAGAUAUAUCAAAAAGAUUCUUCCGGAAUUGAGCAAAGGCUUGUGUUCAGCAAAUUUGACGCGGCAGAGCUUGAUCCCUUGUUCACUCCUGGGACAUUUUUGGACGCAUUCUUUUCCUUGGAUCCAUAUGACUAUCAGCAGAAUGCAGGCAUUCGCCUGGUGGCGAAAAAAUUGAUUAUUUAUUCCAAGUGAUGAGAGAAAAAGAAAUUCGAACUUAUUUAUUUAGGAGGGUCAGGUGUCUUGUGAAUAUGUAAAGGUUCGAUUUUAUGACG